UCCACUUCCUGUCUCCACCCGUUGGCAGCCAUGAUGCAGGAAGGGCUGGACGACGGACCCGACUUCCUCUCCGAGGAGGACCGGGGACCGCGGGCGGUGAACGUGGAUCUGCAGACAGACGCCACGCUUCAGGUCGACAUCUCCGACGCCCUGAGUGAGAGAGACAAGGUCAAGUUCACCGUCCACACCAAGAGCACGCUCCCUAACUUCAAGCAGAACGAGUUCUCUGUGGUUCGGCAGCACGAGGAGUUCAUCUGGCUGCACGACUCGUUUGUGGAGAACGAAGACUACGCAGGAUACAUCAUCCCCCCCGCCCCCCCCAGACCAGACUUUGACGCGUCCAGAGAGAAGCUGCAGAAGCUGGGGGAGGGAGAAGGAUCCAUGACCAAGGAAGAGUUCACUAAGAUGAAGCAGGAGCUGGAGGCAGAAUACCUGGCCAUCUUCAAGAAGACCGUCGCCAUGCACGAGGUCUUCCUGUGUCGCGUGGCGGCUCAUCCUGUCCUCAGGAAAGACCUCAACUUCCACGUCUUCCUGGAGUACAACCAGGACCUGAGUGUUCGAGGGAAGAACAAGAAGGAGAAACUGGAGGAUUUCUUUAAGAAUGUGGUGAAGUCUGCCGACGGCGUCCUGGUGGCCGGAGUCAAGGACGUGGACGAUUUCUUUGAGCACGAGAAGACGUUCCUGUUAGAAUAUCACAACAGAGUGAAAGACGCUUCGGCCAAAUCUGACAGAAUGAUUCGCUCGCACAAAAACGCUGCAGAUGACAUCAACAGAAUCGCCUCGUCUCUCUACACAUUAGGAACACAGGACUCCACAGACCUCUGCAAAUUCUUCCUGAAGGUGUCCGAGCUGUUUGAGAAAACGAGGAAAAUCGAAGCUCGAGUUGCAGCAGAUGAAGACCUGAAGCUCGCCGACCUCCUGAAAUAUUACCUGAGAGAGUCACAGGCUGCAAAGGACCUGUUGUACCGGAGGAGCCGGGCUCUGGUGGACUACGAGAACGCUAACAAGGCUCUGGAUAAAGCUCGAGCCAAAAACAGAGACGUCCUGCAGGCCGAGACCAGCCAGCAGCUCUGCUGCCACAAGUUUGAGAAGAUCUCCGAGUCCGCCAAGCAAGAGCUCAUAGACUUUAAGACGAGACGAGUGGCAGCGUUCAGGAAGAACCUGGUGGAGCUGGCCGAGCUGGAGCUCAAACACGCCAAGGGGAACCUCCAGCUGCUGCAGAGCUGUAUGGGCAUCCUCAAAGGUAACACUUAACUGUACAAAGCCGCCUACAUUCAACUGGACACGCCCCUCGUCACAGCCCCGCCCCUUCCCAGCCGAAUACGCCCAACACGGGGCGGAGCCUGAACGGACGGACGGACGACACCGAGAACUCUGGACCAGAGAGAGAGAGAGAACAGAGGGUUAACUGACAGAAAGUCUGUCGUCUUCAUCACUAACCAGACACCGUCCUCUUCAUCGUCUUCACCCUCCUCUUCCUCCUCAUCCUCUCCCUCUCUCUGCAGCAGCACCUGUACUGGUCCUACUGGUCCAGUAUCAGACCUGUAGCACCUGUACUGGUUCUACUGGUCCAGUAUUAGACCUGUAGCACCUGCACUGGUCCUACUGGUCCAGUAUCAGACCUGUAGCACCUGUACUGGUUCUACUGGUCCAGUAUUAGACCUGUAGCACCUGCACUGGUCCUACUGGUCCAGUAUUAGACCUGUAGCACCUGCACUGGUCCUACUGGUCCAGCAGAACCAGCUGGGACAGUGUGGUCAUGUCUUUGCGGUCUGGUUCAGGAGUCUGGUGUAACUGGGACUGGGUAUCAUGGACUGAAUAGAUCAAUAGAUCUGAUACGGAACCUGCUGUUACCUCGUCAAUACAAGAUCUGAUGCACCAGAUCAGGAUCAGCACAGACACACCACAGGAAGAGGAGACCGGUCCCAUCCCAGUCUGCUGCUGGUCCCAGUUUGUUUUACCUGGUCUCCAUCUUACCAACAAGUUUGUCUUUUAUUAUGAAUCUACAGAAAAACAUCAUCUCAUCAUUUAGACUCAGUCUCUGAUAAUUACAGAGAAGAUCUUUUAAAUCAUGAGACCGUUUGUGUUUUUUCUGGUAAAUCUGAAAAUCUUUCUGGAUAAUUCUGAGUCGAGGCUCCAGAUGUGGUGAACGCAGUAAAACAGUCUCACCUCAUGGUCCAUUUAGUAGCUGUUACAGGUGUAGAUCUACACAUCUGUCCAUUUAUUUCUGAGGCACAUUUAAAGAAGAAAUUCCAGCAGAACGAUUGAAAAAUCUUGGAACUGUUGAUUUGUGAUGAGAUGGUUUUUAAAAUCUAAAGACUUAAAACAACUUGAUAAGAUGGAGAUGUUUUUACAAAAGAUCCUGUCGUCGGUCCAGUUCAGUUUCUGUCUCUGCUUCAGCUUCCCGUCACUCUCUCCUCAUCUUCCUCAUCUUCCUCUUCCGUUCUCUGUCGUCUUAUUUCGGGUUUGAGAGGUGUGUGUGUGUGUGUGUGUGUGCGUGCGUGUGUGCGUGUGCGUGUGUGUGUGUGUGUCAGGGGGUGGGGUCGUUUUAUUGUGUCGGUGAACUUCCUGUGCUGCUGCUGUGUGACGGCGUUUUGAGUCCAGCUCUCGGUUCCCGUUCUUAUUAAAGUGUAAUGUCACAAAGUAAAAAAAAAAAAAAGCCUUGUACAUGUUUGUAUUAGUUUAACUAAUGAACGCUAAUCAUCAUCAUCAUCACUAUCACUAACUGUAGCUUCUUUUAAUUUCCUCUGAGUCGGAUGUUUUUUGUCAUUCCAGUUGACGGUGGAGCUUCGGUCUGUUUGCCUUAACGUCGAUCUGUCGCUCCGUUUGAUUUAUUGUAAAGAAAAGUUCAAAAAUCACAGAAUGAAAAUGUUUUUGUUCCCAUUCUUUUUUAAAGUGCACUGUAUACGAAUGUUUUUUCACUCUUAUGUGACCAAAGCUUCCAUUACUGAUUCAAGAUGGAGACGUGAUGAAACAGAAAUAAAGUGACAAGAAGAAUAAAAGAGCUGAUUAUGAAACUCACAACAUUUUAGUUGUUUAAACUUCAGCAGGUCUGUAAUCCACCCUGGUCAUACUGAGACUGAAUAAAACUUUACGGACACUUUUCUUAAA